AUGCCAGUCACCAUCGGUCACGCGGCGCUGGAGGCCAACGGAGAGUUACCGCCGGCGGGUCUCUCCACCAAUCCCAGCCCGUCCAGCGAGAGCGGAAGCGCCCGCUCCUUCAAGCCCGUCCGCACGAAGGAGCCGCGCAAGUCUUCCUCCUCCGGCGCCUCCUCGUCGUCGCGCGCGUCGCGCGCCUCGCAGCCAGGCAGCCUCCGCGUGCCCAAGUCGCCUCGCUCAAACACCUCCUCCUCCUCCCCCGACCAGCCUACUACUACUAACGCCGUAGACCAAUCCAGUACCCGCGAACAGUCCGCGCGUGCUAGCGGCUCGCAAAGCGGCGGCUCCCGCCGGUCGCGCCAUAAGGCGAACUCUUCCGCGGACUCGCUGUCAAGCGCUUCCGCCGUCACCACGGCGUCGGACGAUGGCGCGGGCGACGCGGCAGUAUUAGCAGCAGCACCCGCGGAACCGCCUUCCACCGCCGCCACGUCCGCGCCUUCCGCCUCCACGCGCAAAAGCGCGGCUGCGAGAAAGGAGCGGGCGGCGCCGCCGGAGGGGGACGAGGAGGGUGGGAACGAGGGAGAGGGGGAGGAAGCGGGCGCUGGAGAGCGGGAGGGGGAAGGGGAAGAGGAGGAGGACGAGGACGAGGCGCCGGCUUUGCAGCGCGUGCAACGAUCCACCACGGCUCCGCAUUACGAGCGCGUUAAAGGCGCCGCGGGCGCGGACGAGCCGCGGCCGAUGCGCGUGAGCACGAGCUACGACGCGCGGGGCAAGCGAGGGCUGUUACUUUCGCCGAACACACAUCGCGUGGUUUCGUUCGCCAGCGACGUGAAGCUUCCUGAAGGGUUCGAGGGCGAGGAUGCGGAAGCGUUUAGCCGCAACAGCACUGGCGGGUUGAUGGGGUAUCAGCAGGUUGGGGGUUUGCCGCGCCCGUUAUCGGCACCUUCGUUAAUAGCGCAACUGAACUCGAUGCUGACGCCGUCAAGGUCUGUGGGGAGUUUCACGGAGAGCGUUGGCGUCAGCGGAAUCGCGGUGUACGUGGGGCCCAAGAUGCAACUGUUUCGCGUGACCAGGGCGCUGCUCAUGAAGAUCCCCUUCUUCCGCAAGCAGCUGGAGACCACAGCGCCAGAUGGCAAGCUGCAGACACCAGAGGACGCAUCAGAGGACGAGGAGCUGUCGUUCAUGCUGGACUGCGAUGAAGCCACCUUCUCCCGCGUCCUCACCGUCGUGCAGUACCACAGUCUGGAGGCCUUGCCAUGGAUGAAUGACGAAGACUUUUACCGCCUGCGCUCGGAGCUCGACUUCCUCGGCAUCACUCUGCCGCCCGGCUCGCCCUGGCACCACCUCCCCUGGAAGGACGAACGCAAGGCCGCCGCCGCCUCCGCCGCUGCUGCCGCCGCCGCCGCCGCUUCUGGCAUUCUCAACCCCGCUGCUGCGGCUCUCGCCGCUGGGUACACGUCUAGUUCGGAUACGGAGGAGAUUAGGGAGGUGCGCGGUGGGGCGGCAACGGCGGGGGGAAUGGCUGGAGGGCUGGCGGGAAUGAUGGGGGCGAUGGUGGGCGGGGGGAUGGGAGUUGGGGGAGGAGUGGGAGGCAUGGGAGGAGCGGGAGCGGGAGCGGGAAUGGGAGGGGGAGCUGGAGUGGGGGGGAAGGGGUUUGGGACGGGAAGGGCGUCGCUGAUCAGUGCGCGGUCCAUGGUGCGCAGGAGCGUGGUGGUGGGGGGUGCGGGGCAUGAGACGCCUCCGGGAGUGGGAGGGGCGGCAGGAGGAGGCGCAGGAGCAGGCGGGGCGAAAUCGCUGGUGGAGGAAGACAGGCUGGACGUGGUGUACCGGCACGGCAGCGACACAGGAGCGGCGUGCACGUGCUUUGGCACCAAGGAGGCGGACGGCCACUCGCACUGGGUGGUGUCUCUCUUCCACGGCCACGUCUUCUGCGCCUUCUGUGGCCGUGCCCCCGCGUGGCAUCCAAAGCUCUUUGCUGAUGUCUUCCUGCUCGCCGCCCUCCCUCCCGCUCCUACCCAGAGGGGAGCGAAUGCGUUCGUGGGAGGGUGGUACUACCACGGCCGCUCCAGCACUCGCCUCGUGAAGCUGCACUGCGUGGCCGGCGCCAGCUGCACCGCCUGCAGAGCUAGCAUCUGGGGAGUAAGCAUCGAGCACAAGCAUGCCUUCUGUCUACAGUGCAAAGCUACACCCACCAAGCCAGCUAUCAUAGCGAAACUCUUUGUGGAAGCCUUGUGUCUGCCCAAGUAG